ACUGAUGAGGUCCAAGACACCCAUAAGAGAGGAGGACUGAGCAGGCCCCUCGCCGGCACAGCUCUCCUCUGGAGAAGCCCAGGUGCAACAGCAGCAGGGGCAGCUUUUCCCCAUCCAAGUCCCUAGGACCCUAUCGUCCUAAACUCCACAUUUCCUGUCUUAGUGGGACCCCGCGAGCGUUCAAAACUGUUUCUCCAACGCUUCUACCAAAAACUCAGACUGUUUUCCAGAGCAGAAGCAGCGGUUGGGCCCAGCUGCUCCUCCUCCCAAGGGGAAGCCAUGGGGAGCGUGCGAAGCCACCGCUACAGCAUUGUCUCCUCCGAGGAAGAUGGCAUGAAGCUGGCCGCCAUCGCCGCCGUGCCCAACGGCUACACCAACGGCACGGUGGCCAAGGUUCACGCGGCGCAGCAGCAGGCUGUGAGCCGCUUCGUCCAGAAGGACGGCCACUGCAACGUGCAGUUCAUCAACAUGAGCGAGAAGGGCCAACGUUACCUUGCCGACCUGUUCACCACCUGUGUGGACAUCCGCUGGCGAUGGAUGUUGAUCAUCUUCUGCCUGUCCUUCCUCCUCUCCUGGCUCUUCUUCGGCUUCGUCUUCUGGCUGGUAGCGCUCUCCUACGGCGACUUGGAGAACGAGACGCAGAUGUGCGUGUCCAACGUCAACAGCUUCACCGCCGCCUUCCUCUUCUCCGUGGAGACGCAGACCACCAUUGGCUACGGCUACCGCUACGUCACCGAGGAGUGUCCCGUGGCCGUCUUCAUGGUGGUCUUCCAGAGCAUCUUCGGCUGCAUCAUCGACGCCUUCAUCAUUGGCGCCAUCAUGGCUAAGAUGGCCAAGCCCAAGAAGAGGAACGAGACGCUGCUCUUCAGCCACUACGCCACGGUAGCCAUGCGGGACAGCAAACUGUGUCUGAUGUGGCGCGUGGGGAACCUGCGCAAGAGCCACCUGGUGGAGGCCCACGUGCGCGCCCACCUCCUCAGGUCGCGAACCACGGCCGAAGGCGAGUAUAUCCCCCUGGACCAGAUGGACAUCGACGUGGGCUUCGACAGCGGCGUCGACCGCGUCUUCCUGGUGUCGCCCAUCACCAUUGUCCACGAGAUUGACGAGGACAGCCCCUUGUACGAGAUGAGCAAGCAGGAGCUGGAAACGUCCCAGUUUGAGAUGGUGGUGAUCCUGGAAGGUAUGGUGGAAGCCACGGCCAUGACCACCCAGUGCCGCAGCUCCUACGUGGCCAGCGAGGUUCUCUGGGGCCACCGCUUCGAGCCAGUCCUGUUCGAGGAGAAUAACUACUACAAGGUGGACUACUCGCGCUUCGAGAAAACCUACGAGGUGAGCAGCACGCCCCAGUGUAGUGCCAGGGACCUGGCCGAGAAGAAGUCUCUGGUCUCUUGCUCCAACUCCUUCUGUUAUGAGAACGAGGUGGCCCUUGAAAAAAAGGAGGAGGUAAAAAUGGAGGAUCAGGGUGCUAUUGAGAACGGCAUUGAGAAUGCAACACUGGAGGAGACAAACACAGACACAGUCUCUGUAGAUUCUGAACACAAUCAGGAUACCAGGAGUCUGACGAUGCCUUCAGAAGCAAGGCCUCUAAGACGAGAAUCAGAAAUAUGA